AUGUCGACCAACGCUACUACGCCUUCUCACACCGCAUCUACUACUGCACCCGCGACGGACGCGUCGCCCGCGAACGGCAGUGCGAACAAAGGCAAGGGAAAAGUCGCCCCCGCUGACGAGUCCAUGGAGGAAGACGAAGACGAAGAAGAGGAGGAGGAAGAAGAGGAAGAGGAGGACGACAUUGAAGAGGAUGACGACUUGCACGAGAUCGAUCCCUCCGCGAUCCUCGCGCCCGGCACGCGUCGCACGCGCGGCGUCAAGGUCGACUACUCGUCCGAGGAGGCCCUCCGCAAGGCCGGCCUCAAGCCGGAGGCGGAGGACGACGAGAAUGAGGACUCCUUCGUCGUGCACGACGACGACAUGCACGCCGACUAG